UCAUAUGCUCUCUCUCCUUUUCAGUUUCCAUGAGUGAGAAAGUGAAUACCUCUCUAAAAAUAGUUCUCUUUCAUUUUCUUUCUCUUCUUCUUUUCAUGGCCCUCCUCAGUUUCCUACCAACAACAACAACAACAGACCCAUCACAGAACAAGCAAUCCAUCUCAAAUCGCAAACGCAUCAUCAAAGAAAAAAAGCAAAAACAGAAGCAACCCUCUUCAUGGGAUCAAAUCAAGAACCUGCUCACUUGUAAGCAGAUCGAAGCGUCCAAAAUUCACGAUCCAUCAAAACCAGUACCGUCGUCUAAUUCAGAAAUCCGUCAACAUAACUCCAAGCUCGGUACCAAUGGUCCCUGCAGCUCCAUAUGCAGCUUCCGUGACGUGGUCCACGGUAACACAAGGGUGGUCCAUCGCCCCGAUAAUUCCCCUGAGGGUAGCACCGACGUCGUUGAUCAGGAAACCCGACUACUCACCCGGAAACCCGGAUCCAGGUCCGCUUCCAACCGCUCCGUCAGAUCAACCGCCGCCGGCACCGGGUCACAUACGUCGUCGUCGUCCAGAACCAUGCAAUUUAGGAAACUUUCAGGAUGUUAUGAAUGUCACACCAUCGUAGAUCCCAGCAGGUACCCAGUGGCUAGAACAACAAUCUGUGCUUGCUCUCAGUGUGGAGAAGUCUUCCCCAAAAUCGAAAGCUUAGAACUUCAUCAAGCCGUUAAGCAUGCUGUGUCGGAACUGGGUCCGGAUGAUUCGGGUCGAAAUAUUGUCGAGAUCAUUUUCAAGUCAAGCUGGUUGAAAAAGGAUAGUCCGAUUUGCAAAAUCGAUCGGAUACUAAAGGUCCACAACUCCCAACGAACCAUUCAACGGUUCGAAGGCUUCCGUGAUAUGGUUAAGGUUGAAGCAAAGAAAAACCCUAGAUGUGGGGCUGAUGGAAAUGAGUUGCUUCGUUUUCAUUGCACGACACUGACUUGCUCGUUGGGAUCACGGGGCACAACCAAUUUAUGUAGCUCCAUCCCCGGUUGUAACGUGUGCACAAUAAUCAGACAGGGUUUUAAUGGAAAAACGCAGUUGUCUAUAGAGAGCAAAGGGGUGUGCACGACGGCAAGCAGUGGUCGGGCCCAUGAUUGUUUGGGCCCGACAGAUGGCCGAAGGGCAAUGCUAGUUUGUAGGGUGAUAGCGGGAAGAGUAAGACGCAUGGAUGAGGCUGAUGCCGAGGUUGAGGCUACAACAGGAUGCUAUGAUUCGGUAGUGGGGUAUGCGGGGGUCUACUCGAGCAUGGAAGAGCUAUAUGUUUCUAAUCCUAAGGCUAUCCUUCCUUGCUUUGUUGUGAUUUACAAAGCAUUGGAAUCAUAGUGAUGUGCUUUGGUAUUAUAGUAAAUUAUUAAUUACUAUUGUUAACUCCUUUAUUAAUUAACAUGAUUUAGUAUCGGUUUAAAAUAAUAAAAUAUAUUGAAGGGGGUGACUUCUAGUUUUAGGGUUUGUCUCCUCAAUUAUUAUGUCCAUUUUGUUAAAAAAAAAUAACAAAGAUAAUUAAUGGAUGAGUA